AGAGCUAUGACGCAGCUCCUGUGGUGGAUGCUGGGAUAGCAGGCGGUGGAGGUCAGAGAUACUCCAAAAUGUCGGUCGCUGGUCUCACGUCCUUGAGCCGCUGUGGGGUUUGGUCUUUCCGCUCGCCAGCAGGACUGGUGGCAGUGCGGUACGCCCAAACAGCAGCAGCUCCCGCAGCACAACCAAGAAUAAAGAAGUUUCAGGUGUACAGAUGGGACCCAGACACUCCAGGGGACAAACCCCGCAUGCAGACCUAUGACAUUGACCUCAACAAUUGUGGCCCAAUGGUUCUUGACGCCCUGAUCAAGAUUAAAAAUGAGAUGGACUCCACACUGACUUUCCGCCGCUCCUGCAGAGAAGGUAUUUGUGGAUCCUGUGCAAUGAACAUUAACGGAGGAAACACACUCGCCUGUCUCAACAAGAUCGACACCAACAUUAGCAAGCCUUCUAAGAUUUACCCUCUGCCACAUAUGUAUGUGGUCAAAGACCUCGUACCUGACAUGAGCAACUUCUAUGCUCAGUACAAGUCUAUUGAACCCUACCUGAAGAAGAAGGAUGAGUCCAAGGAGGGGAAGGAGCAGUACUUUCAGACUGUGGAUGACAGACAAAAACUGGACGGGCUGUAUGAAUGCAUCUUGUGCGCCUGCUGCAGCACGAGCUGUCCUAGUUACUGGUGGAAUGGAGACAAAUACCUCGGACCUGCUGUGCUGAUGCAGGCAUACCGCUGGAUGAUUGACUCCAGAGACGAGUUCACAGAGGAGCGUCUGUCCAAGCUGCAGGAUCCUUUCUCCCUCUACCGCUGCCACACUAUCAUGAACUGUACCAAGACCUGCCCCAAGGGUCUGAACCCAGGCAAAGCAAUUGCUGAGAUCAAGAAGAUGAUGGCCACAUACAAGGAGAAGAAGGCCGCUGCCAUCUGAAUCCCUGUCAUCCUCUCGUACAAUUUCCCUCCAUGAUAAAUUAUAUAUUGAUUAAAUAUUGCUUAUUGAGGUCUGAAGGGCCAGUACACCUUACAACUCCACCACUGACACACAAGUCAACUGUGACGGAAAUGUGAGUGUGUGGUUGGAGGAUUUGGUGUUGCACAAACGCACAUGUAAAGUAUGAAUGCAGGAGCGAGUGAGUCUGAGUCUUACGUGUACCAUGACAGAGGUAUUUAUCUCCAACUCUACUGUGUGUAUGUUUGUUUACUAGAGGUGACAUGAUGCUGCACAUUAAAGUAAAAACAAGGCGUUCUUGUGUGUUAACAUUUCUUUUCUAGCUUUUUGCUUUGCAAGUUAGCAGCCAACUCAUGGACAUAGCGUAUAUUUUUCCUCAGAUCUUCCAACAAACCAACAGCAGGAUUUUUUUUGAUUCAUAUUAAAGAGUUGAAAUGCCA